GUACGUCAAAUUUCAGAAUCACCACAAUCGAAGUCUUACGCAAGAAGAACCGCAAGUGCUUUUUCUGGUGAUUUUCACCUGAAUAUUCAGUAAAUUGCAUAUAAAAAGGGAAUAGCUGUACUGCAAUGUCCACCUAUCUUGCACUACGUACAAUCCUUAGUCCAGUUACUCGCAAAAGUUUGUCGCAAUUCUUAUAUGGCAGCGGAACUGGUUUGAAUGUCGCUCGUUCUAGUCCUUUCAUUUGUCAGCAGGGCUUGCAAAAGCGAUUCUAUGCUGAGAAGGAGGUUUUCAAACGUGACAAACCGCAUUGCAAUGUCGGAACCAUAGGACAUGUCGAUCACGGUAAAACAACGUUGACUGCUGCUAUUACAAAGGUUCUUGCCGAUAAAGAUUUGGCCGAAAGCAAAAAGUACACUGAUAUAGACAAUGCCCCGGAGGAGAAAGCAAGAGGAAUUACAAUUAACGUUGCUCACAUUGAGUACCAAACGGAAAACCGUCACUAUGGCCAUACAGACUGCCCUGGACAUGCAGAUUACAUAAAAAACAUGAUCACCGGAACGGCUCAAAUGGAUGGAGCUAUAUUGGUAGUAGCCGCCACCGAUGGUGCUAUGCCACAAACGCGAGAACAUCUACUACUAGCGAAACAAAUCGGAGUGAACCAUAUCGUGGUAUUUAUCAAUAAAGUCGAUGCUGCCGAUCAGGAAAUGGUGGAAUUAGUCGAAAUGGAAAUGCGUGAAUUGAUGAGUGAGAUGGGUUUUGAUGGAGACAACGUUCCAGUGAUCAAGGGGUCGGCAUUGUGUGCUCUGGAAGGCAAGAGUCCGGAAAUCGGCGCCAAUGCGGUGUUGCAGCUACUGGAGGAGGUUGACAAGUAUGUUCCAACACCAACACGAGAUUUGGACAAGCCAUUCCUGCUACCGGUGGAAUCUGUACACAGCAUUCCAGGACGAGGUACUGUUGUGACCGGUCGAUUAGAGCGCGGAACAGUGAAAAAGGGACAGGAAUGUGAAUUUGUUGGUUAUAAUAAGGUGAUCAAAUCUACCAUUACUGGCAUCGAAAUGUUUCAUAAAAUCCUGGAAGAGGCUCAUGCUGGCGAUCAACUGGGCGCGUUGGUCCGCGGCAUCAAGAGGGAUGACAUUAAGCGCGGUAUGGUCAUGUGCAAGCCGGGAUCGGUAAAGGCAAACGACAAUUUUGAAGCACAGGUUUACAUUCUAAGCAAGGAUGAAGGUGGCAGGCAUAAACCCUUCACCAGCUUCAUUCAACUGCAGAUGUUUUCGCGCACUUGGGAUUGUGCGACCCAAGUACAAAUUCCUGGCAAGGAAAUGGUCAUGCCUGGAGAGGAUGCUAAGCUGCAUUUACGGCUCAUGAGGCCUAUGGUUUUGGAACAGGGCCAGCGAUUUACGUUGCGAGAUGGUCACAUUACGCUAGGGACCGGUGUAGUGACGAAGGUUUUGAACCCGUUGAAUGAACGUGAGCGAUUAUCUCUGGUUGAAGGUAAGAAGGCACGAGAGAAAGCAGCUAGCGCUAAGGCUUAAAUGAAAGCAUUGUCAUACAUAUUGGGUAAGGAUGGCUGAAUUCAUGUCAUAGAGUUGUCAUAGCAUCGUAUUGUUAAUAUAAUGUCUGAAGAGA